CUUGAAGAACAACUCAUUGAUCAACCUCCAACAAGGCAGAGUUGCUUGUGCAAACCUCACAUACAAGUUAGUUACGGAAACGUGCGCGUUAGUCCGUAAACCUCAAUUUCUUGUUUUCAAUUGGACGGACAAACAGGGCAGCUGCAAUGUGGAUUCAAGUGCGCACAAUGGAUGGGAAGGAAACCCACCGGGUGGAUUCCCUGUCCAAACUCACCAAGGUGGAUGAGCUACGUCUCAAAAUCUCUGAGCUCUUCAAGGUGGAGCCAGACAUGCAGAGACUGUUCUAUCGUGGCAAGCAGAUGGAGGACGGCCAUACCAUAUUCGACUACAAUGUGGGCCUAAACGAUAUAGUGCAGCUGCUAGUACGGCAGAAGGUCGCUGCAGAGGAUGCCAUCAAAAGCAAGGACAAAGAAGCAGAGCUCUCAGACUCUGACUCUGGCUGCGGCUCGACCCAAAGUGAAUCUGACAAGAACUCAACCCACGGGGAGGUCGAGGGUCAGACCGCCGGCACCUCUGCACAAACGAACACCACAGAGCUCAUUGACCCGGGGUUUGGAUUUUACAAGAUCAAUGAGCUGGUGGACGCAAGGGACCUAAACAUGGGGGCGUGGUUUGAAGCUCAGAUCGUAAAUAUUACCAAGACAACAAAGACGCCUAAAGCAGAAGCCGCUGACGCACAGCCAGCAGAGGAGGAGAUAUUGUACCAAGUUAAAUACGAAGACUACCCAGAGAACGGGCUGGUUCAGCUGCUGGCCAGGGAUGUUCGCCCGCGGGCCCGCACUGUGUACCAGUGGCACCAGCUGGAGCCAAAGAUGGUUGUUAUGGUCAACUUCAACCCAGACGACCCCAAGGAGCGAGGCUAUUGGUACGACGCUGAGAUCCAGAAGAAGAGGGAGACGCGCACAGUGCGAGAAAUCUACGCCAAGAUUCUCCUUGGUGAUGCUGGCGACUCUCUGAAUGACUGUCGGAUCAUGUUCCUGACGGAGAUCUACAAAAUCGAGGAGGUUGGUUCCCUUGGUGACACACCCGCUGGAUCCGAGAGUCCGCUGAAAAGAUCAAAUGGACCCGAGUGCAAGCACUGCAAAGAUAAUCCCAAGAAAAACUGUCAGUGGUGUAACUGCCACCUCUGCGGCAUUAAGCAGGAUCCUGACAAACAGCUGCUGUGUGACGAAUGCGACAUGGCCUUUCACAUCUACUGCCUGAACCCCCCACUCACCUCCAUCCCUGAUGAUGAGGACUGGUAUUGUCCAGGAUGCCGAAAUGAUGCCAGUGAGGUUGUGUUGGCUGGAGAGAAGCUGAAGGAGAGCAAAAAGAAGUCUAAGAUGGCUUCUGCCAGCUCCUCCAGCCAGAGGGACUGGGGCAAGGGAAUGGCCUGUGUUGGUCGAACUACGCAGUGCACCAUCGUCCCAUCAAACCACUACGGCCCAAUCCCCGGCGUCCCCGUCGGCUCCCUGUGGAAGUUCAGAGUGCAGGUCAGUGAAUCUGGCGUCCACAGGCCUCAUGUAGCUGGGAUCCAUGGCAGAAGCAAUGAUGGGGCCUACUCUCUGGUCCUGGCAGGAGGCUAUGAGGACGAUGUGGAUGAUGGUAAUGAGUUCACAUACACUGGCUCUGGUGGGCGAGAUCUUUCCGGAAACAAGAGGACUGCUGAGCAAUCAUGUGAUCAGACACUUACCCACAUGAACCGGGCGCUGGCUCUCAACUGCAACGUCCCUGUCAACGACAAAAAUGGAGCCGAGGCAAAGAACUGGAAGGCAGGGAAACCAGUGAGAGUUGUGCGCAGCUGCAAGGGUCGCAAGCACAGCAAAUACUCCCCGGAGGAAGGAAACAGAUAUGAUGGGAUAUAUAAGAUUGCGAAGUACUGGCCAGCUAAAGGCAAGUCUGGCUUCUUGGUGUGGCGAUAUCUGCUGAAGCGUGAUGAUGAGGAGCCGGCACCAUGGACGAGAGACGGCAAGGACCGCGUCAAGAAGCUCGGUCUCACCAUACAGUAUCCUGCUGGCUAUCAAGAGAAGGAGAAGGAGAAAGAGAACAAAAAUGAAGUGGACGAGGCUUCAGAAACACCCAGCAAGUUAAAGAGGAAGAGGAAAUCUCAGAGCAGCGAAUCCCCCAAGUUUUCGCCAUCUAACACUCCUAAGAAAACAAAGGUAGAAGUGUACAAGCUUACUAGGGAACAGAAAACCUUCAUCAAGAAUGACAAGCAAAACAAGAAACUGUGGGAUGAAGCCAUGGAGUCACUGUCACUUGGACCGAAAUUCCUGAACAAAGUCGGAGACGUUUUCCUCUGCAUUUGCUGCCAAGAGGUUGUCUUUCAGCCAAUCACCACAGAGUGCCAACACAACGUCUGCAGGGAAUGCCUUCAGCGAUCCUUCAAAGCAGAUGUGUACACCUGCCCGGCCUGCAGGUUCGACCUGGGCAAAAACUACUCCAUGAACAUCAACCAACCCCUGCAGGAUAUUCUUAUUCAGUUUUUCCCAGGCUACAGCAACGGGCGAUGAUCAUUGGUUCUGCCUACUCUGCCCUAGAGGAAAUGCCAUGCGAGGGCAAUGUUCAGUAAAGGCAAUAAAGAAUCAAUCUCUCUUAAUAUAUUUUUUAUGAUUUAUAAAACUGCAAGUUUUGUGGACUUCAAUGCUACCGUUUUUUUUACCUUGGAUCUGCAAUGUAGUUGGAGAAAAAUUUCAAAUUUCUUUUUGUAGCGCCAUUCGCCGUUAAUACCACACACCCAGUACUUGUCUGUGCGUUACUCCUUAAGUCUCUAGCUUGGGGUGCAAUUGACAACCUAGACAAACAUUAAGUAACUGUAAACAAUAUGGUCUUAACAGUCUUCCAAAUGUGACAAUUUCUUUUUUUCCUGACAUGAUCAGAUUGAAAUUGUGCUAACAUGAUAUGGGCACAAAGCUGCUCCAGAAAAUGUAAAUGAGGUCUGACUUUCAUGCACAAACUAAACCGUUUUAAGUUUUGUUUUUCUACUCUUCAGCCGUCUGAGAGGAAGUGUCGUGGCUGGCAACGUUGUCAUCCAAUGUGGUUGGAUUUUCUACAUUGAAUAUUGGUUUCUUUCAAAUAUGUUCAUAUAGUCAUUUUAUAUUUGUUAGUGACAUUUGGUUUAAAAGUCAGCAUGCGUUUUGUUCAACCGUGACAACUAAACACGUGUGCUUCUUAAGGCCAUUAUAUAACGUGGUGAACAUUUGAAUUUUCUCCCCUUUCACAAAAGGUUCACUUUGAUGAAGUCCAAAGAAACAAAAAGUGCUUAACCAAGAGUGUUACGUAGGACACAUCUAUCUAGAUAUUUAGACAUUGUCCCUGGCACAACCUAAUUGAGUCUAGAAAGUUUAUUUGUAUUUUUUUCUAAAAUUUAAAUUUGUACUUUUUCAGUAAUCGAUUACUGCCAUCUGUAGGGGGGCUGUUCAGUCAGGUUUGUGUGCCUCCUGUGGUCGCUUGUAUUACCUGACUUCAUUUAGAAAACAGGAAAUGCUUGCAUUAAGAAACUUAAAGGAAAUUCCCCACACUGCUCCUGAAAUUUGAUAUUGAAUCAACUAGAUUAUCUGAAUUUAUUAUUGAUGACUACUUUUGCCGUUGCCUUUUGUCAUUUAUCAAUAUUUGGUGUUGAAUUUCAACGGCAGUGUGAGACUGUCCCUCCACAUGCCAGCACUUUGAGAUUUGAUAGAGACAAAGGUUUGCAUAAACUGGGAAAUGUAUAUUUUCUGAAAUUGUAUAAUUCUUUUAGUCCAUUUUAGUUUUGAUAUGUAGUUUUUAGAAUUGCUUGCACAAGUUUGGUGCAAAAAUUGUCAAUACAUGUUCAGUGUUAUUCAAUAAAGAAGUGAAAAUAAAA